UCAGCUGGCUUGCUCCGUCCGACCCCUCCGAGCCAGCUCGUUUUUCCUCUAUUUGUCGGGUUCACUACCUCUGUUCUGUGUCGCAACUCAGGUUCUCAACGCAACUGAGCUUCCCAGGACAACCAAGCAGUCACCAUGGCUGCGUCUCCAUGGUCGGAGCGACAAGAUGCGGAGGCUUUCCUGCAGGCCUACGCAUGCGACAAUCCGUUCGGAGACAGCAUUCUACACCUCGCCGUUCGGAAAAGCGACAUUGAACUCGUCGGUUACCUCCUUGAAUCUAAUUUCCCAGUGGAUACGCGCAACGAUGAUGGCAAGACACCACUUCACGUGGCAGCCGAACUCGGCUCGCCGGGAUCGGUCGAGCUUGGCGCACUCUUGGUGGGCUCGGGAGCCGAUAUUCUCGCCCGGCAGCAAGUUCCCAGUCUUAACGAUGCAGACUCGGAUUCAGAGGCGGGCGAUGACAUUGAUUCGGUCGCUUCUGGCGACGAUGCAUCGGCUGUGACGGGAAACAAGAUUGUCAAGGAUCAGGAGAACCUAAAGCAGCCGCACCCUCUACAAGUCGCAUUGGAUCGAACCGACGAAGAGAUGGCUGAAAUGCUCAUCAAAAAUGCGCUUCCCGCCGAGAUGGACCCUAUGCAGGAGUACGACGUGCUCCGGCUGAUGGCAAAGGCGUAUGUCAAGAGGCAGGAGAAGGUACUCGAGGCGUUUCGCGAGGCCGGCUGGGGUGUCAACCGAAUGCACUCCCGGUUAGGUCGACCGUUUCUCCAUUACGUUUGCGAGGAAGCCGAAGACAUCGGCCCCGUUGAGCGUCUAAUCAAGGCUGGUGCUAGUGCGAAGGAAAAAGACCUUGGCGGAGCGACGGUCCUGCACAUCGCUGCCCAAAGGGGGGCGUGUAGCGAUGGCAGCGUCGUCAAGUAUCUCAUCGACGCCGGCGCUCAAGUCGACGCUACGGACAGAGUAUGGAACGGCAGUCCACUUAUGGCGGCCAUACAGGGUCAGAAAAUCGCCAACGUUCGGGUCCUGCUGGAGGCCGGCGCGGACGUCAACCACGUCAUGCGGCGCAACGAAAUGCGGCGGACGCUCCUACAUCUGGCAGCCCAAGAUGGCAUCCCCGAACUGAUACAGUUGCUUCUUGACCGAGGUGGCAACCCAAACGCGCUGGACGAGGCGGGCGCCACAACUGCACAUUUCGCAAUAAUCAGUAAGAGUUAAUUCCCGUGACAAAAAAUGAUGAACUAACA